GGCAAAGAAACGGUGAUGCUCGAUGCACAGAUGCUUCACAGUGCAGCAGACAUUUCCUCUCACAGCUCUGCUGGCUUACACGAUCAGGCUGGAGUCAAGCCUCGGGGCCAACCUGCUGCGGCGGAUUUCUUCCAGGAGAUCUCAAAGGCGUAACAACAGUCCCCAUCCCCCAGAGGCCAAUGACAUGGGGGGAAGCGGAGAUGACAGCGGGCCGGGGAGGCUGAGCCGCACGUUGUCUCGUCUGGGCAGCAGGCAUCAGUCCAGAGAUCCUCAGAGGCAUCCACCUCCGCCAGAGAGACCUCCGCCUGCUGCUCCUGCGCCUGCUCCUGCUGCAGCUCAACGAGAUGACAGGCCUCCACCAGCUCUACCGCAGGCUCAGGCUGCAGCUCCAGCAAAGGCUACUCCCCCACUACCCACCGAAAAAACCCCUAAACGCCCUGACAAAUCCACAAAACCCAAACUUCCCCCUCGACCUCUGAGCAGAUUGUUCAGCAGCACUGACCACGGAGGAGCUGUGUUACAGGGUUGUAAUAUUUUUCGGGGAGAUGAGACUCUCUGUGACGUUGUUUUGGUUCCUGGAGACAGCACAGAAACUUUCCCAGUCCACAGAGUCAUCAUGGCCUCUUCUAGUGACUACUUCAAGGCCAUGUUCACAGGAGGCAUGAGGGAGCAGGAGAUGAGAGAGAUCAAGCUGCACGGCGUCACUAAGUUGGGUUUAAAGAACAUCAUCGACUUCAUUUACACAUCCAAAGUCAGCCUGGACAUGGGGAAUCUGCAGGACACGCUGGAGGCUGCUAACUUCUUGCAGGUCAUGCCCGUCCUGAGCUUCUGUAACCAGCUACUGAGCAGUGAGAUCACGAUUGAUAACUGUGUGGAGGUGGAGCGCAUCGCUACUGACCUGCUUCUGGAGGAUGUUCAGCUGAAUAUAGGUGAGUUUGUGAGCCAGAACCUCUCAGCGUUGGUGGAGAGCGGCCGCUACCUGGAGCUCUCUGAAGCCACCAUGGCCAACGCUCUGUCCAGUAACUCUCUGGAGGGUUUCUCUGAGGUGGAGCUCUACAACAUCGCCCGAGGAUGGCUGAACCACGACUCCCCCAAACGCCACUCUUCAGUCUACGCUUUGAUGCGCCACAUUCGUUUCCCACUGAUGAGCCCCGGGGAGCUGAUCCAGAUCUCCCAGGACGAUGAGGAGGAGGAAGGCUCCAUGAUGCGCUCCGAGACCUCCUGUGUGAACCUCCUGCUGGAGGCCAGCAAUUACCAGAUGAUGCCUUUCAUGCAGCCGGCUCUGCAGACCGAGCGGACUCAGAUACGCUCGGACUCCACGCACAUUCUGGCUCUGGGCGGCGUGAUGAGACAGCAGCUGGUGGUGAGCAGAGAGCUGAGGCUGCACGAUGAGAUGACGGGGCACUGGAAGGCGCUGAGGCCCAUGGAGGUGCCGCGUUACCAGCAUGGUGUGGCUCUUCUGGGAGGCUUCCUCUUCAUCGUUGGAGGUCAGAGCACUUACGACACCAAAGGGAAGACGGCCAUAGACAGCGCUUACCGCUACGACCCGCGCUUCGACAAGUGGCUGCAGAUCGCUUCGCUCAACGAGAAGAGGACGUUCUUCCACCUGAGCGCUCUGAAGGGGAAACUGUACGCGGUCGGAGGAAGGAACGCCUCGGGAGAGAUCGAUUCCGUUGAGUGCUACAACCUGAAGAAGAACGAGUGGGCGUUUGUGAACAGCAUGGUGGAGCCUCACUACGGACACGCCGGAACGGUCCACGGGAACCUGAUGUACAUCUCAGGUGGAAUCACACGUGACACCUUCCAGAAGGAGCUGUGGUGUUACGAUCCAGUCACUGACACCUGGAGCCGCCGGGCGGACAUGAUGGAGCUCCGCGGCCUGCACUGCAUGUGCACCGUGGGGGACAAACUCUACGUCAUGGGAGGGAACCACUUCAGAGGCAGCAGCGACUACGACGACGUCCUGAGCUGUGAGUAUUACAGCCCGGACACGGGACAGUGGACGGUGGUGGCGCCGAUGCCGCGGGGCCAGAGCGACGUUGGAGUGACGGUGUUCAACGGGCAGGUCUACGUGGUGGGGGGGUAUUCCUGGAACAGCAGGUGCAUGGUGGACAUUGUGCAGAGGUAUGAUCCAGAGAAGGACGUGUGGGACAGGGUGUUCAACGUGCUGGAGCCUCUCGGGGGGAUCCGGGCCUGCACCAUGACAGUUCAUCUGCCUGAGGGGUCGGUGGAUGAGGCCCAGAUACAGGACUGUCCCCUGCCUACAGCGAAGAGCUGAUAAGCACCAGAGACAUGAGAGGGUUUUUUUUAUAGUUGUACCAGAAAAGGUGAGAAAAGAAUGAAAACAGGAAACAAUGUGGGUUCUCUGCUGAAGUCACAGAUGCAAGAAACGACGGCUUGCUUAAAUCUUCUAUCACUUCACCAUUCUAAGAAACAUUUAUUGACAUUCCAUUGCAUCAUUCUUGCUCUCCUCUCCUUCCACAAGCAAUCCUCUUUCUCCUCAGAUUGGCUUGUCAUUUUCUUUUGGGCAGUAGAGCUUGACGAAAUGACUUGGAGGCAGAAAAGUCUGAGUCUUCUGAUACACAACAUACCCUGGAGUUUCCAGAUUUGAGUUUCAGUUCAGAAAUAAAGAGAAAAGAAACAAAA